UCGGCACGCACUAAGCCUCUAGCUGGAGAUCGCAGCUUUUGCAUGAUCUCACAUCACCUGCGACUUCACAGGCUGCAGCUGCGAGCAUCUACGCGGGUCAAACUGGACCAAGAGCGGGGCCCCAGAAGUGUUUCGGUGGGCUCUGGAGCAAUUACAGCAGCUAUUGGACGAGGAGCCUGACUUGCAAUCAUGAGCACCUCACAAUUUGCCCUUCGACGAGCGUCUCGCAUUGGCCUCUCAGCUCGACCAAGCCUUGGUGUGAGCCAGCGCCAAUGGGUUCGCUACAUCAACGAUUCUGCGGGCGUGAGACCCAGGAGACGAGGAGGGAAAGCAGUGGGAUUUGCAGCCGUCUUCGCCGUCGCCGCAGCGGGCGCAUUCUGGUAUCCUAGGCUCCGAGCUCAGUUCAGUUCGGCAGCUCCCGAAGAAGAGAAAGAGACUGGAUAUCAAAAGGCCGAACUGGAGUUUGAGAAGGCCCGCAAACAUGGCGUAUCAAAGGAAGAUAACCGUGAGCUGAUUAGCUCUCAGCACUUGCAAGUAAAGAACAGCUGGGAGCACCCCGGAGUGUACGCAUGGGGCUCCAACGUGGGAAAGGUCAUUGACCCUGUCUCGAAUGAGAAAAACAUCAAACUUCCGCGCAGGAUAUCAUAUUUUGAUCAUCAGCUUCUCCGCGACCUGAAACUUACUGAGAAUUUUGGCGCGGCUAUUAAUGAAAAGGGAGAUCUUAUUCAAUGGGGCCUAGGAUUUAACAAGGCAGAUGCAACACCGGUUGUGACCUUGAAGGGCAAGGAUCUUGCCAAGAUUGAGGUAUCAGAAGAUCGGAUUAUAGCUUUGUCUCGGGGUGGCUCGGUAUAUGCCAUCCCCGCCUCGCGCGACGACCAAGAGGGUGGCAAAAAGCUAGAACAGCAAAAGACAUCGUGGUCUUUAUGGUCCUCGUCUGGUAAAGAAGCUAUCAGCUUUCAGAACCUGACUCCGGCGGGCCUUGGAUGGGGCGAGCGUGUUGCUGAUAUCAGCAGCGGCCUUGAGCAUUGUCUGAUGCUCACAUCAAACGGGCGAGUUUUCUCCUCAGCCUCGAGCGGCUCAAACUUCCCAUCGAAAGGGCAGAUGGGUAUUCCGGGUCUCACCUGGGAGACACGCCCCAAAGGUCGUUACGAUCAACCACACGAGAUUGCCUUGCUCAAGGGGUUUGACAUCAAGCAGAUCGCGACGGGUGAUUAUCACUCGGCCGUUCUAGACAAACUUGGCCGGAUCUUUACGUUUGGUGACAAUACCUUUGGCCAGCUGGGGUUUGAAACCCAGAUUGGCAAUCCUUUCAUCUCUACUCCUACAAUUGUACCGAUCUAUAAGCUAUAUGGAAGCAGUGCACCGGUGUCCACUGCCUCCUCAAUAGCUGCCGGCGGUGUAAAUACUUUCUUCACUUGUGAGGCCAAUACGCCUAGUGCUUCUAGCAGCGAGGCUAGCACCCCAGCGCCUUCUAAGAGAUUGCCUCACAGCACAUAUGACCUCUGGGCCGCAGGACAAGGUACUUGUGGCUCACUAGGCACCGGAAGGUGGACUCACGUUUCUCUCGGGCCAACCAAAGUCAAGUCGCUCUCAGGGCUCUCAGAGUUUGACGAGAGAAAGAACCAGCUGAUGCCUAUCAAAAUUAAAGCCCUAAGCAUCGGCACAACUCACUGCGCUGCGGUUAUGGACAAUGUGACACAGACAUCUGUCUCGAACCGGUCUUCCGAGAAUGAGACAUAUUGGGGCUCUGAUGUGGUUUUCUGGGGAGGUAAUGAGCACUAUCAGCUAGGAACUGGCAAACGAAAUAAUUUGAAUACGCCAACUUAUAUUGGGCCGUUGGACGGAGGUGAAGGAGACGCCGCACAUGGGCGGCAAGGCGAAGUGCACAGGCUAUGCCUGACACCCAGGCAAACCGCCCGGCUUGGAGAAGGCGGCAAGGGCCGCAAGGCGACUCUAGAGCAAAAGGUCGAAUGUGGAAAGUUCGUCACAGGUGUCUACUCUGCUGUAUAACGGCAGUUGACGAACCUGAGGAGGACGAGAAGCUAUGGGGUGAUGGGGAAAGGCUGCGAAAGGUAGGCAUGAGCAUUGCCAGGCUGGGACUCAGCUGGUGCGAGAUGCUAGCUGCACCUGCUCCCUAUUCGCAUCCAUCCAGCAAUCCAGCAUCGCUAGGUGUGUCGAGUUGGUGUGUGUCACAUGUCUUAACAUCGCCUCAUGGCCUCUUGCUGAUGGAGGUGUGGAUGGACUGAUAGUCUAAAAAGAAAAAAGAAAAAAAAAAAAAAAAAAAA